UAGUACACAGAUACUUAGAGAAUUAAUAGAUAUUUAAGGGCUUCCUACUCACUUCCCUAUUUUUUUAUUCCUCCAAGAUGAUAAAUUAAUGGUGGAUAAUUGCUAGCCAGGUCAUGCAGCUAUCGGCUCUUGUAAUAAACAGGAGUGAUAUAAAUCUUUUUGUUUCAAAGCCGCCUCAUUUGAUAUAUGCAUGAGCAUGACACAAGCCAUCAACGAGUCUCCCACACGGCCACACUGAUCAGUCGAUCGAAACCCAUGGCGGCGCAACAACCUCGAGCCCUCACUGUCCACCACCACACCCGCCGCCACCUCGUCCUCAUCGUGCUCACCGUGGCUGCCACCGCAGCAGCAAGAGCGGCUAGCGCGCACCACACAGCAGCACCCGCACCGAGGGCGGCCGAGAGUCCAUCGCCGGCGGUGGCAUCCUUCGUCCGCGCCCGCUGCGCCGCCACGCUGUACCCGGCUCUCUGCUACGACUGCCUCCUCCCGUACGCCUCCGAGGUGCAGGAAAACCCAGCCCGCCUCGCGCGCGUCGCCGCCGACGUCGCGGCGGCGCGCCUCCACGCGCUCUGCGCCCGCGUCAAGGACAUCCUCCGGCACGGCGCCCCUGAACCUAAUGAGGGCGGCGGCGGCGGGCGGCCUAGCGAGGCCGCCGCGCUGCGCGACUGCGCGAGCACGAUCUCCGGCGCAGCGGACCUCGCGAGGCAGUCGUCGGCCGAGCUCACCAAGCUGGAGAUGGACCUGGACGCCGCCGCCUCGUCCGCGGCCGGCGGCGGGACGAGCGACAGGAGGAAAGCCAGGUGGGAGGUGUCCAACGCGAAGACGUGGCUCAGCGCGGCGGUGACCAACGAAGGGACGUGCGCCGACGGAUUAGCGGAAGCUGGCGCCGCGGACUCGCCCGCCGGGAAGGAGGUUGCCGCCGGCGUGGCGGCCGUACAGCAGUGCACGAGCAACGCCCUCGCGCUCGUCAAUGGCAUUCCGCUCUGAGAGCGUUAGGUGAAAGCAGCCAAUCACUGGCGGCUUGUGAGAUGUGUGUUAGUAUUAUGAACUUGUCAAGCUGUACAGUGGGGGAACGUGGAGCGGAUCGGAAUUUGCGAAAAUAAUUGCAUUGCUCUUGGUUAGUGACCUGUGGCGCUAAAAUAAAAAUCGAUCAGGAAACGGCGUGCAAAGAUCCUGACAGCUUGUUUGA